CCCCGCGCCGGAAGUAACGGCGGCCGGGCGGGGGCGGGGCUGUGACCUCACUUCCUGUUGUGCUCCGCGCCCCCCCUCGGAGCUAGGCCGGGAGCGGCGUUACACACUGAGAGCCCAUCCAUGGACUUGGAGGCUAAGGAUGAAGAGGAAGAGAGUCUGCAAACGGCUUUCAAGAAGCUGAGAGUGGAUGCGGCAGGGUGCGCUGCAGCUCUGCCCGUGGGCGAUGGUGCGGCGCUCAGAACCCCAACAAGAGCAGCCCAGGAUGGGGGCAAACAGCAGCCUGCCUGCUGCAAGGAAGCCUGGCAUGGGUGUGUGAGGAAGCCUUCCCGAGGAUCAGCAAGAGUCCCACGGCGCAGGCGCUCCAAGUCUCCCGUCCUGCAUCCUCCCAAGUUCACCUACUGCGGCCUGAAAGCCAGCAGCCAGCUGAAACACAAAGCCCAGGCAGACGUGCCCAGGGGCAGUGCCAGCUCAGACAGUUUGGUGACGGCAGAGCACGGGACCAAAGAUGGGUGCGGGUCUGGCUCAGAGGCCGCUGAUGACAGAACACAACCUUUGGAAGCUUUCACCACCGAAGAGCCUUUGGAGAAGCCAAGAGAGAGUUGCCCUGCUCUCAGCUCCUCCUUUGAGAGCAGUCUGCGUUCCAGCCAAGCCUCUGAUUUCCAGUCCUUGUCCAUGCUUAGCAACAGCAAGCAGUGCCCUUGCAGGGACCGGCAGUGCCAGUGCAGGCAGUGGAGAGCCAUGCGGGUCUACUCCUUCUCCGGCCUGCGCAGCGUCCUGUCCGAGUGCGAGAAGGCUGUGCUGGGGGUGCAGGCGCUGCAGAACAGAGCCCCCUGUGGGACAACCGCAGCAGGCUCUCCGAGGUCUUGUUCUGAGCAGGCUCGAGCCUUUGUGGAUGAUGUGACUAUUGAAGAUCUCUCGGGAUACAUGGAGUACUACCUGUACAUCCCCAAGAAGAUGUCUCACAUGGCAGAGAUGAUGUACACCUGACUGAGAGCAAGAGAGGGCCCUGCAGCUUGUGGCAGGGCUGCAUUAAAUGCCUUUUCAGUGCCACAUUCUUACUGUUGUGUGUUCCAUCAGAUGUUUCUUUGCCUCAUACAGUUUAGUUUUCUAAUAAAAUGACAAAUGGACUCUAGUUUGCAAGCUUAGUUCUAAAGAGAACGCACUAAAGCCUCUGCACACUGUAGCAAAGCUCUGUACAUCCAGCGAGCUGCCUCUGGCUCUCCUUUGUGCUGUGGAGACUCCAGCUCCCUUUGCUGUUUUCACUGGGGGCAGGAGGCACUGUUUAGGUUUUGCACUGUUGGGAAGGUUCAUUCCUAAAGUGUCCCAGUGCUUAGACAUUGGAGAACUGAGCCUCUGCUCCUCUUCUGCUCUGGAGGGAGAGAGAGAAGAACAGGAGGGUUUCAUUACUGUGGAGUGGGUUGAUCUUUGCGUGAGCACUGUCUGGCUGCUUUCUAGGUUGCUCAAAGCAUGAAUGCUUCCUCCUCACAGGUGUGUUGCGAGGCCCAGGCCGUGCUUGCACCCCCCCUAGUGUAACCAGCUCACCCUUAAGCAGUUCUAUUUUUCUGCAGAUAAGUGAAGCUUUUAGAAGCGAGAAGUCUAUUUUGUUAUGUGUGCUUUCCAGGGGGAGGCAGGCAGGCUGGCAGGGUUCUUGGGCCUUGCUGUCCUGGGGGGAGGUGGUGGAGCCAUCCAUGUGGGCUGUUUCUGAGUUUGGUACACAAAGCAGUGUGGGAGAUGAGGAGUGUCCCACAUGCUGCGUGUGUAGUGCUUUACCUCCCCUUCUGAUUGGAAAUACUGAAAUAAAAAGCAGUUGUUGCUGAGACUUGCUUUAAUAAAUGUCUGUCAAACCCCAGCAAAUUAAAGACUGAAUAGUCUGA